UCCGGCAGCACUCCGAGCCUCCCGCGCCUCCAGCUGCUACCGCACCUCCAGCCUCUAGUCUGACCAGCCCUCCCGCUUGCUUCUUCACAGAGCCCCCACUUCUAGCCCUUACCCUCCCCCAGGCCCGGGGGAGCCGGGCGCCGGCGCGGGCUACACACGGGUCAACCUCAGCCCUCCCGGGCAGAGGCGCGGAGAAAGGACCCUCCCCACUACCUCCCCGCACAGGCCCCGAGGGUGCCCCAGAAGUUAUUCACAGGCAGUUCGGAGUGGAAAAGUGAACCCCAGCGGAGAGAGAGCGGGAGCGAGAGCCCCGCGGCCCCAGCCCGAUCAUGCCCCAGUUGGGCGGAGGCGGUGGCAGCGGGGACGACCUGGGCGCAACAGACGAGAUGCUAGCCUUCAAGGAUGAGGGCGAGCAGGAGGAGAAGAUUCCCCAGGGGGGCUUCCCCGAGCGGGAUCUGGCUGACCUCAAGUCCUCGCUGGUCAACGAGUCCGAAGGCGCCGGCAGCAGCGGCCAAGCCGGGAGCGGCCCGGGCCAGACAGAGGCGCUCCGGAGAGCUCAGAACUCCCAGAGGCUGUAUCAGGACAAACUCCCAGAUGCCUUGGAAGAAGGCCUCAAGGCCCAGGACGGCAGCGGCGUCGGGAUGUACAAAGAGUCUGUGUAUUCGGGCUACAAUCUGCUGGUGCACUACCCGGCCAACGGAGUAAGUGCAGGAGCUGGAGCUGGAGCUGGAGCUGGAGCCGGAGCCGGGGCUGGGACAGGAGCCGGAGCAGGGACUGGAGCUGGAGCGGUCACGGGGGCUGGGCAACCGCUGCACACCAAGCCUGGCCAGCCCUCCCAUGGAGUUCCCCAGAUCACACCCCUCUAUGAACAUUUCAGCUCCCACCAGACACAUGUCUCUGCUGACAUCAACCAGAAGCAAGGUGUUCACCGCCCAUUACAGACCACCGACAUCUCCAGUUUCUACUCUUUAUCUCCAGGUGGUGUUGGACAGAUCUCUCACACCAUGGGCUGGGCGAGCCCACCUCUCUAUCCCCUCCCCCCUUCCUGUGGAUAUAGACAGCACUUUUCGACUGCAGUCUCCCCGGGGGCACCUUACCCUAGGUUCACCCAUCCAUCUCUGAUGCUGGGCUCAGGUAUGCACACCACUGGCAUCCCCCACCCAGCCAUUGUGCCCCACUCAGGAAAGCAGGAGCUACAGCACUACGACCGGGGCCUGAAACCUCCAUCAGAAGCCAAGCAGGAGAAAGAAGCUAAGAAGCCAACCAUUAAAAAGCCCUUGAAUGCAUUCAUGCUGUACAUGAAGGAGAUGCGGGCCAAGGUCAUCGCAGAAUGCACACUCAAAGAGAGCGCAGCCAUUAACCAGAUCCUAGGGAGGAGGUGGCAUGCGCUAUCUCGAGAGGAGCAGGCCAAGUAUUACGAAUUGGCCCGAAAGGAACGGCAACUCCACAUGCAGCUCUAUCCCGGCUGGUCAGCCCGAGACAAUUAUGGGAAGAAGAAGAGGAGGUCAAGAGAAAAGCAUCAAGAAUCUAACACAGGGGAGAAGGUGAAAGGGCUGGAGGAAUGCCUCUCUACACUCCAGGUUACCAGGGAGAAUGAAGUGUUCCUUGAAAGCCUAGAAGAAGGGCUACAAGACCCUGGCUCUCCUAAGAAAUGUCGAGCUCGCUUUGGCCUCAACCAGCAGACGGACUGGUGCGGUCCAUGCAGGAGGAAAAAGAAAUGCAUUCGGUACUUACAAGGAGAAGGAGAAGGACGCUGCACCAGCCCAGUUUCUUCAGAUGGCAGUGCUAUAGACUCCCCUCCAUCCCCUCUGGAUUCCCUCCAAUACAUUCGCCCUGCUUUUACCCCAGACCAGCUCACCAGUCCCAAUGAUUUCACACACAGACCACCAAGUUGCCCCUUCUCCCUCUCUCUCCAUCUCAAGCCUACUCCUCAUGGGGUUGGACUCCCAGCAAGGUGAUCCUCAGCCCUUGGACUUCUCAGCAGCCUUUCCAUGAAUAUUCAGCAGCAUACAAGCAUCAUGGCAACAGGAACAUAAGGAUCCUCCCUCUUCCAUUAGGCAGCCAUGUCAAAGGCAGAGGAUACUUUUGCUUUCUCCACAGAUUUCCACAUAUGGUCAAGAGCCAGCCAGACAAUCCAACAAAAACUGGCCUGGGGCCUCACCCCAUUUUCCCACAUAGUGCCCGGCCCUUAUGCAACAAAGUGACACACAGCCUGCCUAAGCUGUGGGGCCCUUCAAGUUAAGCUGUUCAGGAGAGUGGUCAGACAAAUUUCAAAAUGUCAUCCCAUAUGCCAGCCCUUUAUGUCCAGAGUGGAUUUCAGCAAGGUGUAGUAGAAGGCACACACUGGACUUGGAUUCAGAACACUUACUCUAGUCCCAGCUCCUACUACUAUCUAAUGAGCUACUGUGGGCUCAGGCAAACUACUGUCUGAAUCUCAGUUGCCUCAUCUUUAUAUAAAAUGGGAAUAACAGCUGUUCUACAAAUAAGAUAAUAGAUAUGAAAAAGUACUAUAAAAGUGCUAUAAAAUAUAAAGUAGUACUAAUUAGCCAAAUGCCCACAAUUUCUUGGUUUCUCACUGUUAAAUAUCAGCAGGUCACAUGCCUGCUUCUGAUCCUUUUGCUUUAAGCCACUGCUGGGCCCUGCCCUACCAGCCAUGCCUCCCCCUCCUAUGUAGAGCACACUCUGGAAAGAGGAACAGACAAAUCGGACACCUCAAAGUUUCACGUUCAAGACCAAAGUGCCAACUCUGACAGUGACUAGCUGUGGAAGAUGGACUCUUCUUCACAGCAAUGACGAAGAAAAACUUCUUGUUCAAAGGACAGGAAAACACUGUUUACAGAUAACCAACUGUUUUAGCCUAUUCAAGGGCCCUGUGUAAACUCAGAAGAAACAUUUAUUGCUCUGCUUGCAAUAAAUUCCACAUUAUGCCCGCGAGCUGUUCUGCAAGAGGACAGAGAAGUCUGGCCACUUCACUCAAGGGCACUGUUUGCCUUAACUGCUCAAAAUAUUUCCUAGAAACCUUAGUUUCCUCAGAAACACGUCCCAAUGACUCAAUGGAGGACGACACAGAGCGCCCAGUGCCGCCUGAUGACCGAGAUGCAGAAAACCAGUCUGGGGGUGGCUUAGCAGCAGCAGUCCUUGGUCAAAUCACUUUUCUUUUUUAAAGACUCUCUAUACAUUCCCAGGUGUAGUUGUUUAAAACCACUUGUUAGAGACUUGGUCAUUACAGUCGCGUCUUGAUUAAGGAGGAGUUUAGAUAUGGUAUUUAAGACCCAUAGAUAAACCUCAAACCUCACUUAAACUUCCAAUUCUGAUUCAAAAUUGUACUAGUAUCCUUUCAGCUAACAAAGACAGCUUAAGGCUUUCCUCCUUCGGUGCUUCCUGGGAGAUAAGACCCCAAAGGAGUUAUAAGAAGAGGGAUGAUAGGGGCAGCUAGGUGGCACAGUGGAUAGAGCACCGGCCCUGAAGUCAGGAGGACCCGAGUUCAAAUCUGGCC